AUGGCAGCUAGUGCACCUAAAUUUGCUAAACCGCCAGCUAUUCGACAAUCAUCCGAUGUGACUUGGUCUCAAAAUGAGGCUAAACUUUCAACUACAUCUACAAAACAUAAACAAACAAUUAAAGUUGCAACUGGAAAUAAUUAUGAUGUUACACUUGAAAUUACUGAGCUUGGUCCAAAUGAUGCCGGAACAUAUAAAAUUGUCGUUAAAAAUAAAGCUGGUGAAAUAACAGCUAAUGUUAACUUGAAUUUUUCAAAUGAAGAUGAUGCUGCUGCUGCACCAGCUGCUAGCUCGGAAGAAGAUCAAGAGCAAGGUAGUAGUGGUCGACCAACAUUUACUCAAGCACCACAAGUACGUAUGUUUGAAGAAUCAGUACUUUUGGAAUGUCGAUGUACAGCUGAACCCAUACCAAGUUUUACAUGGACACUUGAUGGCAAACCUAUUACGAUGGGAGCAAGAUAUAAACAAGGAAUUUUAUCUGAAGGAAAUACACAUACAAUUUUUCUUGAAAUUGCUCAGUUAACUGCAAAAGAUUCUGGUGCAUAUAAAGUUACAGCUAAAAAUGUUAAAGGUGAUGGUGUAGCUAAUAUUCAAUUAAAUAUUGAAGGAAUUGAUUUCAAAUUACCUGAAGGUAUUGCACCAUCAUUUCUCAAUAAACCCUCAAUUAAACAAGAUGCUAAAACAGCUACUGUUCAAAUUGAUAUUAUUGCUGAUCCAAGUCCAUCAUUACAUUGGACUAAAGAUGGAAAAGAAUUACUUAACGUCGAUAAAGUUGUUACACGUAUUGAGCGAAAAGGUGGAAAUCAAUAUACAAUUUCACUUGAUAUUAAAAAUUUGGCUUCAUCGGAUAGUGGCGUAUAUAAAUGUACAUUAUCCAAUGAAUGUGGUACAGCCGUAGCGAAUGUUGUUAUCAAAGUUGCUGGUGAUAAAGCUAAUUUAGAACAAUUAGAUAAAUUAGCUCCGGCAUUUGAAAAACCUAAAACUACAAAAGAUACCAAACAACAAUCAAUUAAAAUUGAAUGCCGUUGUAAAGGCAAACAAGAACCAAAAGUAACAUGGAAAAAAGAAAAAACCGAAAUCAAGGAAACUGCUAAUAAAUAUAAAAUAACGAAAACAAAAGAAGCCGAUGAUACAUAUUUAUUUAUUCUUGAAAUUUUAAGUGCUACUUCAACUGAUACUGGUGUUUAUAAAAUUUUUGCUAAAAAUGAUGCUGGUGAUUCUCAAGCAUUAGUUAAUUUAACAGUCGAUGCUGAAGUUUCACCACCGAAAGAUGAAGAAGAGAAAAAACCUAAACCAGCGCAAGCAGCUGGUAAUAAAAUGACAGCACCUGUUUUUGCUGAUAAACCAAAAGAAGUGACAGCUAAUGAUGGUGAUAAAGUACAAGUAGAAUGUAAAGUUACUGGUACACCAGCACCUGAAAUUACAUGGUUUCUUAAUAAGAAAGAAAUUAAACCAUCAGCUGAUUAUGUACAAGAAUAUGAUGGUAAAAUAGCUAAAUUAAUAAUUCCUGAUGGUUAUGUUGAUGAUAGUGGUGAUUGGAUGUGUGAAGCAUGGAAUGAAGCUGGUGAAGCAACACAAACAGUUCGUGUUACUAUCAAAGAAAAGAAAGGUAAAGCAAAACGUACACGAAAACCAGCUCCAAAAACUGCUCCUAAGAAAGAUGAAGAACCAAGUAAAAAGGAUCAACGAAAACAAGCACUUGAACAACAAAAAACUCCAGAAUCACUAAUACCUACAAUCGAAUCACCAAUACCUACGAUCGAAACACCACCUGCAGCUGCAGCUGAAGAAGAUGAUCGCCGUGUACCAACAAUUCAAACUGAAGAACCUGUUUAUGAAGAUGAAGGUCCUCGACGAUCAAAACCAGCUGAUAAAGAAAAACGUGUAUCGCAAUCAAAACGCGUAUCACAAUCAAAACUUAAUAUUAUAUCUGAAGGAGAAUCAAGUGCACCAAAACCACGUGAACGUAAAAUACGUGAACCACUCGAAAUACAUACAGAACCACUUGCACCUUUUUUUAUUGAAAAACCAGAAAAUACUAGUGCGAAAGAAGGACAAUCAACAUUUGUUGAAGUUGUUGUUGAUGGAAAUCCGUUUCCUAAAAUAACAUGGUAUAAAGGAAAAGUUGAAAUAGCUGAAGGUGUUAAGGUUAAAACAGAAGUUGAUACAACAACAGGUAUUGCUGCUUUAUUAAUAUCGCCAUGUCGUCAAACGGAUGACUCACCCUAUGCUAUUACAAUACAAAAUGAACAUGGAGAAGCUCCGGCAAAAGAUGAUGGAUUAGAUUUUCGUGAAUUACUUAAACAUCGCGAUAAACAAAAGAAAAAAAUUGAAGAAGAAGAAAGAGAACAAAUAAAUUUAAAACCUCCACAAAUUCGUAUGGAUCAACCAGAAGAGACGGGUGGUGGCGAUGAUAAUGGAUCUGGUUCACGUCGUUCAAGUAUAAUGGAUGAUCGACGACCAUCACUUCGUCGUGUUGAUCAAGAAAAUUUACUUAAAGUUAGACGAGAUUCCAAAACACGUCGACCAUCAUUAGCUGAAGUUGUACCUGAUUGGCCAACUUUACAUAAAGUUAAACGACCAGAAAAGGAAAAAGAAGCAUUUGUUGAACCAUUACAAGAUAUUAAAUGUAAAGAAGAAGAUGGAGAAAUUACGUUUAAUUGUACGUUUUGCAAACCUAGUACACGUAUACGAUGGCUUAAAAAUAAAGUUGAAAUUUUUCAUGGUUUAAAAUAUCAUUUUGAUUCAAGCGGAGCAAAACAAAAAUUAACUAUUUAUAAAUUACAUCCUGAUGAUUCAGGAAAAUAUUUUUGUCGUGUAAAUGAUAUUGAAACAUCUGCAUGGUUAGAAGUAAAACCUGCUAUACCAUUGUAUGAUUUCUAUAAAGAAUUACCAGCUAGAAUGGAAGUAUUUCGAACAAAACCAACUAUACUUGAAUACCACGUUAAUGAUCCAAAUGCACCUGUUAAAUGGUAUAAAAAUGGAGUUCUUAUUGACACUGAAAAAGAUAAACGUAUGAAAUAUCAUCAAGAUAUGACACGAUGUAUCUUCCGUAUAUUUAAAACAACUAAAGCUGAUGAAGGUGAAUAUACAUGUCAAAUUGAUGAUGAACGUGGUAUUAAAACUACUGGUUCAGUCUAUGUCGAAGAACCACAAUGGCGUUUUGAAACAAAAUUACCUGCAACAUUAGAAGGUGAUGAAAAUGAUAAAAUUGAACUUGAAUGUAGUGUUCAAGAUGAAGAUGCCGAAUGUGAUUGGUUCUUUGAGGGUGAAAAAAUUCUUCCGGAAUUAUAUCCUGAUAGAUAUGAAAUAAUAUCGUAUGGAAAAGUUCGUAAAAUGGUUAUUAAGAAAUUAAGUCCAACUGAAGAUAAAGGAAGAUAUGAAUGCAAAACAGGUGUUAUGUCAACACACUGUGAUGUAUCUAUUAAACCUGCACUUCGAAUUGAAAAAGGAUUAAAAGAUAUUGAUGCAUUGGAAGAAGAAGAUCUUACACUUGAAGUUACAUUAUCUAAACCUGAUCCACGAGGCAAAUGGAUGAGAGAUGGCAAAGUCAUGUAUCCAGAUCAAAAAACGGUUAUUCUUACUGAAGGAAAUGUUUAUAAAUUAAAAUUAAAAAGUGUUGGUCUUAAAGAUGCUGGAGAAAUUUCAUUUCAAUGUGGUGAUUUGAAAGAAAGUUGCAAAAUAUCUGUUAAAGAAUCUGAAAAACCACCACGUAUUGAUGCAACACGUUUUGGUAAAUCUGUUACAAUUAAAGCUGGACGACCACUUGAUCUUGAAAUUCCUUAUGAUGCUUAUCCAGCACCAACAAUGGUUUGGUUGAAAGAUGGUAAACCAGUUCAACCUGGAGAUGGUUCAUCAUGUCAAACAUCAAUCGAUGCAAAACGAUGUAAAUUAAAUAUUGAAAAAUCAAAACGAGGUGACACAGGUCAAUAUGAAUUAAUAUUAAAAAAUGCAAAAGGAGAAGUUAAAAUUCCUAUUGCGGUAACUGUUCUUGAUCGUCCUGGUAAACCUGAAGGUCCAAUGAAAGUGUCUGAUGUACUGAAAGAAAGUGCUGUUAUUUCAUGGAAACCUCCAUUGGAUAAUGGUGGUUCAAAUAUUGAAAGAUAUAUUGUUGAAAAACAAGAUGUUGAACGUGGUACUUGGGGACCAGCUGGUGAAGUUAAUGGAGAUAAUACAUCAUUACGUGUAAACAAAUUAACACCAGGAAAAGAAUAUUUAUUUCGUGUCCGUGCUGUUAAUAAAGAAGGUGAAAGUGAACCAUUAGAAACAAGUGGUACAACAUUAGCGAGAAAUCCAUAUGAUGAACCAAGUGCACCUGGUAAACCAGAAGUAUCUGAUUGGGAUAAAGAUCGUGUUGAUCUUGAAUGGCAAGCACCAGAAAAAGAUGGUGGUGCACCUGUUGAAAAAUAUGUUAUUGAACGUCGAGAAAAAGGAAAAGAUCAAUGGCAAAAGGGUGCAGAAAUUCCUGGUAGUUCAACAAAAGGUUCUUGUGGUGGUUUAUCUGAAGGAAAAGAAUAUGAAUUUCGUGUUGUUGCUGUUAAUAAAGCUGGUCCAUCAGAACCUAGUGAACCAUCAAGAGUAGUUCUUGCUAAACCACGUUUCUUAAAACCACGUAUAAAUAAAGUUAAUCUUAAAUCAGUUACUGUUAAAGCAGGUCAAACAAUAACAUUAGAAGCUCCAUAUGCAGCUGAACCAUUACCAACUAUGAAUUGGCAACGAGAAUCAACUGAGGUUAAAUCUGAUGAUCGUACACAAAUGACACUAACAGAUAAAUUAGCUAAACUUAUUAUUACAAAAGCUGUUCGAGCCGAUACAGGUCGAUAUACAAUUCGUUUAGUUAAUGAUUCUGGAUCAGACACUGCUGAUUGUGAAGUUAUUGUUCUUGGUCCACCAUCAAUGCCACGCGGUCCAUUAGAAGUUAAGGACGUUAAUAAAUCAAGUGUUACACUUGCCUGGCUUCCACCAACAGAUACUGGUGGCAAAGAAAUCACAAAUUAUGUUGUUGAAAAACGCGAUAAAAAGAGUGGUGAUUGGGUACGUUGUGCUGAAGCUGUUAAUGGUACACAAGUAACAAUAGGAAAAUUGAAAGAAGGACAUGAAUAUGAAUUUCGUGUUAUGGCUGAAAAUGCAAAUGGUCUUUCUGAACCAUUAGUCACUGACAAAGCUGUUCUUGUUAAGAAUCCAUUUACUGAACCAGGCGCACCAGGUACACCAGAAUGUGUAUCGCGUGAUCGUAAACAUAUUGAAGUGAAAUGGACACCAACAAGAAAUGAUGGUGGUAAUCCAGUUAAAGGUUAUGUUGUUGAACGACGAGACAAAACAGGCAAGAAAGAAUGGACAAAAAUUAAUCGUGGUGAACUUCACAAAGGAACAAACUUUGUUGAUGAAAAUGUAACAGCUAUGAAAGAAUAUGAAUAUCGUGUUUCUGCUGUUAAUGAAGCUGGUCCAGGUGAACCAAGUAGUUCAUCUGGUGGCAUUGCUGCUCGUCCAGAAAAAGAAAAACCAUCGUUUGAUCUGAGUAGUUUAUUUGGUCCACUUGGCAAAAAAGAAAUACGUGUCAAAGCUGGUGAACCUUUAACUAUUGAUGUACCAAUAAAUGGGUCACCUACACCAGUAAUUACUUGGAUAAAAGACGGUGAAACUGUUCAACCAACUCGAGAUACUCAACUUGAAAGUGAUGAUAUACAUGCUAAAUUACAUAAACCAUCAGCUAAACGAGGAGAUACAGGAAAAUAUAAAAUCCAAUUGAAAAAUGAUUCGGGUGAAGAUGAAUGUGAUAUUGACGUUAUUGUAUUGGAUAAACCUGGAGUACCUGAAGGUCCGUUAGAAACAACAGAAACAACAAAAGAUAGUGUUUCACUUCAAUGGAAACCACCAAAAGAAAAUGGCGGUGGAGAUAUUACAGGUUAUAUUAUUGAAAAAUGUGCAGAAAAUUCUGAUCGUUGGGAAAAAGUUCCUGGUGUAUUUACACAACCAAAAGGAACUAUUAAAGAUUUAGAAACAAAUAAAAAAUUUAAAUUUCGAGUUAAAGCCGAAAAUAUCUAUGGCAUUGGUGAACCAUUAGAAACAACAUCUGCUAUAACUGUUAAACCACCAUAUGAUGCACCUGAUGCACCAGAGACACCAGAAAUAGUCGAAUAUAAUUCAACAUUUAUUAAACUUAAAUGGGAAAAACCGAAAAAAGAUGGUGGAAAUCCAAUAUCUGGUUAUAAUGUUGAAAUGCGUGAAAAGGGUAGUAAUAAUUGGGUACCAUGCAAUAGUUUUCCAACUAAAGGUACAGAAUAUACUGCCACUGGUUUACGUGAAGGUCAAACAUAUGAAUUUCGUGUUGCUGCUGUUAAUGGUGCUGGACCUGGAACACCAUCCAAACCAUCACAAGCACAAAAAGCUGAAGUACCAAUGUAUGCAGCUGAUGCACCUGAUCAACCAAAAGUUGAAAAAAUUACAAAAGAUUCAGUAACACUUUCAUGGAAAAAACCAGCAAAUGAUGGUGGUACUAGAAUAACAGGUUAUGUUAUUGAGAAAAAACCAGCUGAUGGUCGUGAUUGGACUGAAGUUGGCGAAGUACAAGGCCGUGAACAUUCAUAUACUGUUCCAAAUUUAAAAGAAGGUGAAGAUGUUUCAUUUCGUAUUCGAGCUGUUAAUGCAAUUGGUCCUAGUGAACCAAGUCGACCAACAGAUGCAAUUACUGUUCAAGAUCAACCAGACAAACCAUCAUUUCUUGAUUUGGGUAGUAUUAAAGAUAUAACAGUAAAAGCUGGCAAAGAUUUCGAAUUACAUAUACCAUGUAAAGCUACACCAAAAGCAACAGCUCAAUGGUUUGUUGAUGAUAAAGAAUUAGCUCCUGAUGAUCGUGUGAAUCUUAAAACAUUAGAUAAUGUUGUUACAUUACUUAAUCGUAAAGCUGAACGAGGAGAUACUGGUAUAUAUAAAUUAGUAUUAAAAAAUAGUGAAGGUACAAAUCAAGUACAAUUUCGUGUUAAUGUUCUUUCACCACCAACAAAACCUGAAGGUCCACUUGACGCAACAAAUGUAACUGCUGAAGGAUGUACACUUAAUUGGAAACCACCAAAAGAUGAUGGUGGUAAUGAUAUAAAACAUUACGUUGUGGAACGACGUGAAGCAGGAACAGAAAAAUGGACAAAAGUUGGUCCACCUGUAUUAGGCACAACGUGUGAUGUUAGAGGUUUAGAAGAUGGAAAAAAUUAUGAAUUUCGUGUAGCUGCUGAAAAUGAUAAUGGUCUUUCAGAAGCGUUAGUAGUUGAUACACCAGUUAAAGCUAAAUGGCCAUUUAGACCACCAGAUGCACCAGGUACACCUGAAUGUAUAGGACAUACAAGUGAAUCAAUAACAUUACAAUGGGCACGACCACAAAAUGAUGGUGGAAAUCCAGUUCGAGGUUAUUUAAUUGAAAAGAAAGAAAAAGGAACUGAUCGAUGGAUUCCUGUCAACCGCGAACCAACUGCAGGUACUGAAUAUACUGUUCCUGCUCUUGUUGAUGGCAAAGAAUAUGAAUUUCGUGUUGCUGCCGUUAAUAGAGCUGGUCCAGGAGAAUAUGCUAAAACCGAAGGACCAAUUCAAGCUCGUCCACCUGAUGUUGCUCCACAUGCUGUUGGUUUCAGUGCAUUUAGUCCAAAAGAAAUUAUUGUUCGUGCUGGUGAAGAUCUUAAAAUUACUGUACCAUUUGUUGGUUCACCUGCACCACAAGUUACAUUUGCUAAAAAUGGCGAUGAAAUUAAACCUGAUGGAAAUAAUCAAGUAACUGUUAAAGAUGGUAUUGCUGAACUUAUUGUACCAAAAGUAAAAGCUGGUGAUACUGGUUUAUAUUCAUGUACUUUGAAAAAUCAUCUUGGACAAGAAACUGUUCAAAUGAAAGUUAUUGUUGUUGAUAAACCAGAUACACCCGAAGGACCAUUAAAUAUUUCUGAUGUAAAACCUGAUUCAUGUUUAUUGACAUGGAAACCACCCAAGACUGAUGGUGGUUCACCAAUUACUAAUUAUAUUAUUGAAAAAUUUGACACGAAAAAAGGUGAAUGGCAAAAAGUAUCAAGUUUCUGUCGUUCACCAUUUUAUGAAGUAACUGGACUUAAUGAAGGUUCAGAAUAUAAAUUUCGUGUUUCGGCUGAAAAUCUUUAUGGACAAAGUGUACCAUUAGAAUGUGAAAAACCAAUUAUUGCAAAAAAUCCUUUUGAUGCACCACAAGGUCCAGCUAAUGUUGAAGUUGGUAAACAAACAGAAAAUUCAGUUACAUUAAAAUGGGAUAAACCUAAAAAUGAUGGUGGCUCCAAAGUAACUGCUUAUCAAGUUGAAAUAAAAAAACCCGAUAGUGAUAUAUGGGAAAUUGCAAAUGAUUAUCCAAUUAAAGGAAAUGAUUUUACAGUUGAUAAUCUUUCAACAGGAAAACCAUACGAAUUUCGUGUUAAAGCUAAAAAUGCUGCUGGUUGGGGAGAAUAUACUAAACUUGAUCGACCAGUUACACUUAAACCUGAUAGUGUCGCACCUUCAUCACCUGGUAUACCAGAAGUGAAGAAAGUUGGUAAAAAUUACGUUGAAUUAGCAUGGGCAACACCAACAAAUGAUGGUGGUUCAAAAAUAACUGGUUAUAUUGUUGAAAAACGACCAGCUGGCACUGAUCAAUGGGUUAAAGCCUCACCAUAUAUGUCAGUUGAUAAUAAUGCUACAAUAACUGAUUUACCCGAAAAUGGUGAAGUUGAAUUUCGUGUUAAAGCAGUUAAUAAAGCUGGUGAAAGUGAACCAAGUUCAACAACUGGUCGAGUUAAAAUAACUGAAUAUCCAAAUGGACGAGCACCAACAUUUGUUAAAAAAUUAACAGAUACAAGUGCACCUCUUAAUGGUGAAGCAACAUUUACAAUUGAAUUUGAUGCUAAUCCAGCACCUGAAGUUAAAUGGUUUCGUAAUGGUUUAGAAUUAUCAUCAUCUGGUCGUUAUCGUAUUGUUACAAGACCAAAUGAAUCAAAAUCGACAUUAAUAUUCAAUGAAGCUUGGGAUAGUGAUAAUAAUUCAAAGAUUUCAUGUGAAAUUGUUAAUCCACUUGGACGUGACACAUGUGAAGCUGUUUUUCACGUUAAAACACCACCUAAACUUACACGUGAACCAGAAGAACAACGAGUUCCAUUGGGUGAUACAUUAAAAGUUAAAAUUCCUAUUACUGGAAAAGGUCCAUUUAAAUUUCAAGUUAAUAAAGAUGGUCAAUCAUUAGCUAAUGAUGAUCGUGUACGUAUUCAAGAAUUUGAUGAUUUUAUUGUUGUUACAAUACCUGAUACUGAACGAGAAGAUGCUGGUAAAUAUGCAAUUAAUGUUGCAAAUGAUUCAGGAUCAUGUAAUGUUCCUUUGAAAGUUAAAAUCAUUGCACCACCACUUCCUCCAACUGGUCCACUUGAAAUAUCAAAUGUAUCGAAAGAUCGUGCAACACUUUCAUGGAAACCACCAAAAGAUGAUGGUGGUAGUAAAGUAACUGGUUAUGUUGUUGAACGACGUGAUACAUCAAAAGGAGCCGAUGCUUGGAUACCAGUUACACAAGCAUGUAAAGAAACAACAUUUACUGUUCCAUCAUUACUUGAUGGACAUGAAUAUGAUUUUCGUGUUAUGGCUAUUAAUGAAAAUGGUACUAGUGAACCAUUACGUUCAACAGCACCAACUACUGCUAAACUUCCAUUCAAACCACCUGGUGCACCAGGACAACGAGAUAUGACUGGAAUGACAAAUAAUACUGUCACACUUAAUUGGGAAAAACCAACUUCUGAUGGUGGUGGUCCUAUAACUGGUUAUUGGAUUGAAAAACGUGAAGGAAAUACUGAUAAAUGGAUACCAGUCAAUAUGUCACCAUGCCAAUCAACACAUUUUACAGUACCAUCAUUAGUCGAAGAUCAUAUUUAUGAAUUUCGUGUUACAGCUGAAAAUGAAGCUGGUAAAGGAGCACCAUCUGAUGCAACUACACCAACUAAAGUUAAAGAUCCAAAUGCAUCUACUCCACCAGAAUUUCUUAAAAAAUUAAAAGAUGCUGAAGGUAUUGAAGGUAAAACAAUUACAUUGGAAUGUGAAGUUAUUGGAACACCUAAACCUGAUGUUGAAUGGUUCUUCAAAGGUACAAAAGAAGUCUCUCAAGGUGCUAAAUAUACUAUAACAAAUGAUGGUGAUAAAUGUCUUUCGAUUAUCAAGAAUGCUACAUCAGAUGAUGUUGAUAAAUAUAGUAUUAAAGCACUUAUAAAGGUGGUUCAAGAAUGUGUCGUUGUAAUGUUAAUGUUCGAUAUAACACCACCAAAAUAUCAAGAUGUUCUUAAUUAUGAUAAAGGUGAAUCAAUUGUUAUUAAAAUUUUUUAUAUUGGUAGUCCAUUAGUUAAUGUAACAUUAUCGAAAGAUGGAAAUGAUUUAACAAAAGAUAAAAAUGUGUCAAUUGAUGUUAGUAAUCGAGCUAUUACAUUAACUAAUCGAAAUGCAGAUAAAAAUACAAGUGGUCGUCAACCAGAACCAGCUACACUUAAACAUGGAAAUAUCUAUGAUUAUUAUGAUACUGUUGAAGAGAUUGGACGAUAA